ACUACUAUCUAUUGUCCAUACCGUACCGUACCUACCGAGAUAAGAAAAAUAUAAAAUCAAAAAUUACUUCUAUUUUAGAUUGAAAAUAUUUACAUUUUAAACUAUUUUAUCAAUAUUUUUCAAUUACAACUUUCAUCUCUAGAUCCUCUUAGAAUAUGAACAAUGUUUGUCUGUUAUGACAUGUAAAAGUCAAUAAUUAUAGAGAUUUGGUAAAUAUUUGUGCUAGAAUUCCAUUUAUGUUUAUUAAACAUAAAUCAAAAAAUUUUGAGUCUUUGUUAAUACUAAUCAAUCCAUUCUUUAAACUAUAUGACACCUGAAAAUACACAUUAUAACUAAGAAAAAUGUCGGAAGUAAAGAGAAGAAACAAACAAAGUAUUAGCACCGACAAAAUCUUAGAGUCUGAAGAAAAAAAAGCUAAAGAAAAAGCCUCACCAAAUAAAAAUUUACCUCUAAGGAUUCUUUCUCGAACUGUAGUUAUAUUUUCACUAUUGAUAAUUGUUUAUAUGUCAGCAAAAGAUAAAACAAAAAUUUUUGCCAAACAAACGGAAGUAAUUCCAGGGAAAGGAUUGAUUAUUGAGUGUUCCUCUGAAUAUAUGAAAGAAUUAGAUGAAUAUGAAGGCUGUGCACCAAAAAAUUGUAAAAGAUAUGUUACCGAUACUGUUAUAUCUACAAAAGAAGCUGACGAGCUUCUGAAUAUGGCGAAGAGAGGUUUAAAACAUGGAGGUUCUCUAGGAGGGGCAUCAAUAUUAGACCUACAUAGUGGCGCCUUAUCGAAGGGCUCAAAUUUUGUAAAUUUCUAUAAAUUGAAAGAAAUGAAAAAUAUCUUUGAUCAGAAUGAUUUUAACACUUUUAGGGUGGUGAAGGACAAAAUUAGAUAUGCUAUUGCUCAUCACUUUGGAGUGCAGCCAACUAAAAUAUAUUUGACAUAUCCCACAUUCUUUUCGGAGAUAAGCACAAAGAAAGCCGUUACAAUCCACGAUGAAUACUGGCAUCCCCAUGUUGAUAAAGAGUCCUACAAGUCAUUCCAUUACACAACGCUGCUCUAUUUGGGCGAUUACAAUAUAGACUUUAAAGGUGGCCAGUUUGUUUUCAUUGAUAGCAACUACAACUAUACAGUUGAACCUCGUAAGGGCAGAUUAAGCAUGUUUACCAGUGGGGCUGAGAACUUACACCAUGUUCAGAAAGUUACAUCCGGAGUGAGAUAUGCAAUGACUAUAUCGUUUACAUGUAACAAAAACUAUGCUAUAGCAGAUCCCGGUGUUGAAAAAUAUAUUUCAUAGCAUUCCAAAUAAAAUAUAUGAAGUA